AUGUCGUCUUCGAUAACACCUUUUUAUCGUCCUGGAGUGUUUCCAGCUUUAUCCUCUCGUCUCCUCACUACUGCCUCUCAAUCUCUUCGAGCGGCUAUUCAACAACAGCUUAUACUUAAAAGUUUUUACAGUACACCUUUACGUGUUACUGGCCUACCAUUAACCACAACCAAAGGUUUCACUUAUUUGAUAGCGGCUUCAUGGCACCCGAAAAAAAGACGAAGUUCAGUUCCUAUAGCUAAUAGCAACCCUUGGUUGAAAGAACGUAUGAAGGUUGGAAAAGUUGAUGCUGGAGAAGAUGCUUUUUUCUAUGUAGGGACAAAUGAAGGAGUAGCUUUAGGAGUUGCGGAUGGCGUCGGUGGCUGGACUCAAAUGGGUAUAGAUCCAGCUACAUUUUCAUGGGCAUUAAUGGACAAUGCUGCAAGUAUCGCAAAAGAAUUUGGUUCAUAUAAACUUCCAUUCUUUAAUGCACCCAAUGGGUCUACUGAUAUUUUGGAUGCCAAAGAAAUAUUAAAUGGUGCAUUUGACAAAUUGAUGAAGAGUGGAAAAGUUAAAGCCGGGAGUUCGACGGCCUGUAUUCUUUCAUUAUCGAAAACAUCCGGCAUUUUAAAUGCAGCGACAUUAGGCGAUUCAGCGUACCUACUCAUUCGCAACGGGCAACUUUUAUAUGAAUCACCAUCACAACAACAUUUCUUUAAUUGCCCAUAUCAAUUAACUAUUAUUCCGGAGGAUUUUCCGAAUCAAAAGCUUUAUUUCAAAGAUAGACCUAGCGACGCCUACCAGGCUAACCAUCAACUUCAAGACGGGGAUGUUAUUCUGUUAGCCACAGAUGGAUUCUUUGAUAAUGUAUUCACUGAUGAAGCAGUUUCUAUUGUAAACAAGGAGCUUCGUGACGUUAUUGGCCGUGAUAGAAAAGUAUGGGACAAUGAUUUUGAAGAACUUAGAGCUCAUGUAAGAAAAUUGUCGAGAACAUUAACAAAUACAGCAAGACGUUGUUCCAUGGAUCCUAAGAGAAUCAGUCCUUUCUCUCAGAGUGCAAAGAAAAGCGGGGAAAAUCGCAUUGGCGG